UUUCCCGUGCGCCCCAGACUGUGUGCAUGAUCCGUGUGCUGGCUUACUGCUUUUGUUAUAAGAUACCUCUGUUUGUUGGUAUUUAGAAACAUAUAAAGGGAUCAGUAAUUAGAAUAGCUGUUGUGAUGGCUGAAGCGAUUCAGAAGAAAUUACAGUCAGAGUUGGAGAAAUAUCAACAACUGCAAAAAGAUGUCAGUAAAAGUAUGUCAGCAAGACAGAAACUGGAGGCACAAUUGACUGAAAAUAAUAUUGUUAAGGAGGAGCUUGCAUUGUUGGAUAUCCAAAAUACAGUUUACAAACUAAUUGGACCAGUUUUGGUCAAACAAGAUCUGGAUGAAGCCAAAGCAACAGUGAGCAAGAGAUUGGAAUACAUCAAUGGUGAAAUUCAGCGCUAUGAAACUUUACUGAAGGAGAUGGAGAGGAAGUCUGAGCAGCAUCGGGAAGUUCUGUCCAGCCUGCAGCAUGUCAACAUAUUCUGCUUUGAGAUGCCACAAGCCGCCGACAUGUAG